AUGAGCUCCCAGCAAUUCCCCCGACACGGGCUACCAGCCUCCAGCGGGGGAGCUACUCAGAUCCCUGCAGCUGGAAACCUGGUGUCCGUCAAUCAGCCGUCACAUCCUCAAGGCGGUGGAGAUGCUGACAGCGGUCGGGAUGCUGACCACAGGCAGCAGGACCAUCCACCCGCGGCGGGCGGGGGAACCUUGUCCUUCAGAGAUGAGAAGCAGGAGACGAUGGUGGUUCGACCUUACCCACAAGUACAGACGCACGGCCAGCCACAAGCUACCCCCCAGACCGUGCCUAUUCAGCCCGGCACACCUGUGACUGUAGCUGCCCCCUCUGUCCACCUCCCACAGGGCCAGCCUGCUGUCCUCACUGAGGGCCAGAUGAAGGCUGUCCUGAAGUCACCUAUGCCAAGUCGUCUUAUUGCCCCAGCACCAGCUUCCAACCAGGGUCAUAUCCCCAUACCCCCCAAGGUGCCCGGUCACAUGACUGUCACCAUAGAGAGCAGUAUUGCUCCAACCCCCUCUAUUCCUGUGGCAACUAUCAGUGGUCAGCAGGGUCACUCGAGCAACUUACACCACUUGAUGCCAGCAAACAUUCAGAUCAUCCGGGGCAAUGCCCCUGCACUGCAGAUCGGGACCCCUCCGGUGCCACCCCAGACCUUCACCUCCCACUUACCCCGAGGGGCUGCUGCAGCAGCUGUUAUGUCCAGCUCCAAAACGGUCCUGCGACCAGCCACCGGAGCAAGUGCGGGCUCCGGCCAGCCCACAGUGCAGCACAUCAUCCACCAGACAAUUCAGUCCCGCCCUGCCGUGACAACGUCCACAGCCGUGCUUCCGACUGUGGUGGCGCCCAUUUCCAGAACUCAGUCCCCAGUCAUCAACCCAACAGUCACACACUCUGCAGAGGUGACACAUGGGCGUCCAGGGCUGACCAUUCACCCCCCUUCGGCCACCGUCAGUAUUCAGAGGUCUCAGACAUCCCGUGACACCGCCACGCGGAUCACGCUGCCGUCCCACCCAGCGAUCGGGGCCCAAAAGCCUCAGCCUCCGCACACCAUGACACAGAAGCCCAUCUUCAGUCCUGUAACACCAGUAGCUGCGGCAACUGUGGCGCCAAUCGUUGCCUCCAACACUGUGCCAUCAACCACCACAAUAGGGUCUGUGCCACACAGCCAAAUGUCCAGUAACUCUAUUGUCACCAUGACAAUGGCCUCGCACUCCUCUCAUGCUGCAGCGGUGACCACCUCUGCCAUCCCCGUUGCUAAAGUCGUCCCUCAGCCCAUCGCCCACGCCUCGACCCGUGUGCAGCCUGACUACCCCGGAGAGAGAACCAACCUCAUCCCCAUCUCGGGCCAUCGGUCGUCUCCUAACCCCGUCACCAUGGAAGCAAGAAGUGACAACAGGCCCUCGGUGCCUGUGCAGUUCCAGUAUUUCCUGCCGGCGUACUCCUCCUCGUACCCUCUGACACACACAUACACCCCCAUCAGCAGCUCUGUAUCCACCAUCCGCCAGUAUCCUGUUACUCCUCAAGCUCCAAGUUCAGCGCUGCCCACCCAAGGCGGAGUCGGCGUGGCAACCACUGUCCAUCUAAACCACAUGCAGCUGAUGGCGGUGGAUCGGAUCGGUCUCCCAUCUGCGCAGAUCGGCACCCAGGGGAUCCAGCCGGCGGCCAUCGCCGCACAGGGCAUCCAGCCCGCACCCAUAGGAGUGCAGGGCCUGCACACGUCUGCGCCGAUCGGCACGCAGGGACUACAGCAGGCGCCGUUACUCACUCAGCAGCAACAAGCGCAGUCUGAAGCCAAACCUGGGGUUGUUUUGGCCGAUGGCUUUGUGGCGAGCCCCAUCAGCAGCACGUUCAGCACCACCCAGCCAGUGGCCACCAUGGUACAGGCGCACGCCCAGGGAGGGGUAGGAGGAGCCCCCACCCUGGUCUCCUCCCCUAGACCCAGCAUCCUCCGCAAGAAGCCCGCUAAUGAAGGAUGUGUUCGCAAGAACCUGAUCCCCGCCCAGCCGAGUGAACCCAGUAGCGGCAGAAUGGAGAGUGGCGUGAGGGGAGCCGGAUCUCCCCGACCCGCAGGCGUGAAACCCAAAGCUGAGGUCCACAUGGCCGUGGCCCCUCCUGUCAUGGCUGCAGUAGAGGCCCUGCCUUCACAGGGAGGAGAGCAGCAGGCCGUGUCCUCAAACGCCCAGCACCUCGCCCAAGCUAUCCCCGCCAUGCUCGCCACGCCGGGGCCUGCGCCUCCCUCCCAGGCCUCCACUGUCGUCUCAGCCCUGCCCGCAGCCAUUGCUGUAACUCCCCCGGCUCCCGCUUCGAUGGCCAACACAGUGGCCUCCCCCACUCAGCCCGCGGCCAGUAGCACCGCUGCUUGUUCUGGCAGCUCCGCCUGCCCCGAUUUGACAAUAAAGCAGGAAAUGGAGACCAUGGACACCUCACAGCCAGAUCCCAAUGCAAACUUGUCGUCAGCCCCAGCUCUCACCACCCAGGCCUCCACCCUGAACUCUUCUGCUACGGGAGAUCUGAUACCCGGGGCCUCCCCGAGGAAGAAGCCCCGCAAGCAGCAGCACGUCAUUUCCACCGAGGAGAGCGAGAUGGUGGAGACCAACAGCACGGAUGAGGAGAAGGCCCCAGGCAGGCCCAUCACCGGCAGGGCGGAGAGGCGGGAGUCUCCACCGAGGGAAUACGUUGAUGAGGAGGGAGUGCGUUAUGUACCAGUCAAGCCCCGACCGCCUGUUACGCUCCUGCGGCACUACAGGAACCCCUGGAAAGCUGCCUACCACCACUUCCAGAGGUACAGCGACAUCCGGGUCAAAGAGGAGAAGAAGGGCAGCUUACAGGACAUGGCCAACCAGAGAGGAGUGGCAUGCAGAGCACAAGGCUGGAAAAUCCACCUGUGCGCUGCACAGCUCAGACAGCUGUCGAGUUUGGAGCACGAUGUGUACAGCCGCCUCUCCACCCUUCAAGAGGGCCUGAUCCCUAAGAAGAGAGCCGGCUCCGAUGACGACCUUCACCGAAUCAACGAGCUCAUACAGGGUAACAUGCAGCGCUGCAAGCUGGUGAUGGACCAGGUCACUGAGGCCAGAGACACCAUGAUGAAGGUGCUCGACCACAAGGAGAAAGUGCUGAAGCUGCUCAACAAGAACGGCGCCGUCAAGAAGUCCUCCAAACUGAAGCGCAAAGAGCGGGCAUAAGCUAGGGCCCCCCCCCCCCAGAGUGAAGAAGCUGCUCAGAAUCUGGUGCUAUGAGUUGCUGCAUACAAUCUCACACACACACACACACACACACACACCCUCUAUCUGCCCGAGAGCAGACUGAGAGAAGUGACGGGAGGACUUCAACAAGCAGACCAGCCCAUCAGGAAUGGGUUCUCAUUCAAGACCCAUCGCACAUAUUGAGCGUGGAGCAUUGUAGGUUGCAUUAUAGUGGCCAACUGGACGGCCCUGUCACUGUCCCCCCCCCCUUUUUUUUUUUUUUUUUGUCAAUUUUUAAAGACCCCAGAGACCGUUUCUUACUAACUUAAGUUCUGCCUCUUCUGUUAAGGACGUGUGUGAACUGGCACAUUAUGUUAUCUGAUAAUAUUUGGCACUAAGCGCAGUUGCAGUAGAUACUGAUGGAAGUAUUUCAGUUCAGAGUUAUUGACGGCUGGGUCCAAUCCAAAUCAUCUAAAAGGAGUCCCUUUAGUAGGCUGUGUGUAUGCAGACUGAGCUCAGUCGUGCUCUUUUCGUUAAUCUGUGCCUUCGUUUUGUGGGUGUACGUGAAAUGGACGGGGACACGUGAAAGCUCUUCCACGUGCUGUCAAAAUAUAUUCUGAAAAAAUCAUUCAGAGCGUCGGGUCAACUUCACUGCUUCCCCUUUUUCCUCCCAACAUCCUGCACCUGCUGUUUUCUAUUUCAGUAUUUGUUCAUCUAGUAUGGGUACAAAAUGACCCGAUUACCAGCCACAAGUUUAGCUGCAACCUAAAAGAUAUUGAAAUACUUACAUUGGUUGAGUCGACGCAAAAGAAAGGACACUGCAUAAUGCAAAGUGAACUUUACAUUUACACUGCCAUGAAUCCAAAGUAAAUGGAUGUCAUGGUGGUAAAAGCGAUACUUUCAUUCGCUUUCAGAAAAUGAGAGCUUGAAAGAAAGAGAGCCGAGUAUCCUCGCGCUGUCACACUGGGGGAUUGAAUUCAUGUAAAUCACUGUAAAUGUGCUUUUUGGUUUUUCCAUUGACCUGGUUCUUUUCCAGUUUUGUACUCAAUGAAACAUUUCGUGCCGUGUGGUGUGGUGUGUCGCCUCAUUUUGCAGAGUGUAACGGUAAUAACGUUACGAGAUGAAGCGAGCCCGAAACAUCCAGCUGUUGUACAUUGUUUUUGUCUGUGUAAUUAUAGUAAAGAUACUUAAACCAUA